UCUUAAGUUGGUCAUGAGUGUCAACUUCGGUUAUAAAAAGGGUUAGGAGGAGGACUGAGUAUGUGUUCCUCUGAAACUUGAAAGAUAGAUAAAGAGUUUAGGGUGAAAAUGGUGAUGAAGGUGUAUGGUCCUGUUGCUGCAGUUUGCCCACAAAGGGUACUGGUUUGCCUUGUGGAGAAGGGAGUGGAGUUUGAGGUCAUCCAUGUCGACCUUGAUGCCUUUGAGCAAAAACACCCUGACUUCCUUGCUUGCCAGCCGUUUGGGCAAGUUCCUGUGAUAGAAGAUGGAGAUUUCAGGCUCUUUGAGUCGAGAGCAAUCAUAAGAUACAUUGCAGCAAAGUAUGCAGACCGUGGGCCUAAUCUGUUGGGCAAAACACAUGAGGAACGAGCUUUGGUUGAUCAAUGGCUUGAAGUUGAAGCCCACAACUUCAAUGACUUAGUCUUCACUUCAGCAUUGCAGCUCCUCAUCCUUCCAAGGCUGGGAAAACUUGGAGACCUGAGCUUAGUCGAUUCCUGUGAGAAAAAGCUUGAGAAAGUGUUUGAUGUCUAUGAAAAGCGGUUAUCGGAGACCAACUAUCUCACCGGAGAGAGCUUCACACUAGCUGAUCUGAGCCACCUUCCGGGCAUUCAAGUGAUAAUGGAUAAACUCGGAAUGAGUCAUCUUGUUAGAAGAAGGAAAAAUGUAAAUGCAUGGUGGGAGGAUAUCUCUAACAGGGCUUCUUGGAAGAAAGUAAUGAAGCUUAUGGAUUGAUGCAUUCUUGAAGCUUAAUUGAAGCUAGCCUCUACUAUGUAAGUUCAAUAAAAAUAAGACCUGAUAUGUGGAGUCCUUAUUACAAUAAGGUUGUCAUGUAUUAGUAUGGAAUCCAUCUACUUCAAUUUUUUAUAGAGUUUGUUGAAUACUGUUAAUCUAAGCAUGAAUGUACUCGAAGUUUUGAGUGGGUUAUUGAUUAUAUACUACCUACUAAUAUGCUCAAUUCCUUUGAAUAUCA